CAUAACGAAUUGGCCUUGAAGUAAACGUUCUUCCAACCGAUUUGGUUACGCUGUUAAGCUCAGUUGUCGAUCUGCUUUGGGAACUCCAGUAACAUCAAAUAUUCCAGAAAAGCCAUGUUCCGCCUGAUGAUGUUGAGUAACAGGCUGACACUGCAGCGGAGUCUGGUGUCACGGUUAACUUCUCGCUCGAUCAUGUCCUCUGGGUGUCUCCGCCGCCCAACAGGCCAAGGCCAACCUACGAGCAUCGAAGGCGUCACCGUCACCGACAUCAACAUCUUCGAAUUGGCCAAGAACGAUCUUGAGUUUAGUCAGAAUUUCCUUAGCACCUUGUCGGCGCUGGACCAAUCUCAAGAUGCGGGGGAGCCAAUGGACAAGGAUGAGGGUGAAUCAUCAGCCCUUGAUACCGAUGGAAUGCCGACCGGCGUUCCUAGUUCAAUAAUGGGCGUUGACGGCAGUCCAAUCGAUUCCAUCGAGAUCGAUGGCUGGAGCUGGGAGGGAGAUGAUCCCACCGUGCAGAAGAACAGCAAGAAUAUCGACAUCGGCAACGAUGAUGAGUACAAGGCCGAGUUGGCCCUCCGUGUGCCCGAGGUACGAGAGGGCCAAACAGAGUACAAGGGGAUUAAGGUGAAGCUGCCUGUGUCAGCCAACGAGGAUGUGGGCACCUAUCGCUUCCGGCGCGAUUCCGUGGACCUCAAGGAGCUCGGCGACGACACGCGUCUUGUCAAGUUCGACAAGGAGUAGGCGUUUCCAAACUGAUGGGCAACUUAAGUUUCCCUCAUUAUACUUAAGCCUCCAUGUUUUCCAAAUUUGAUCCGGAUCUAUUGUGUUGACCACCACUUUCACUUCACCCAGUUUACAACACUUCAUUAAAUCCGAAUUAAUUGUCAAUAUUAAUAUUAUAAACUAAAUAAAAAAAUAUAUAUGAGGGCAUUUUA